AUGGACGUGUUCAAGAGCCGCCUGCUGGGGAUCUCCGUGGCCGUGGCGCACGGCGUGUUCUCCGGAUCCCUGAACAUCCUGCUGAAGUUCCUCAUCACCAGCUACCACUUCGGCUUCCUGACGCUCAUCCAGUUCCUGACCAGCAGCACCGCGGCGCUCACGCUGGAGACGCUCCGGAGGCUGGGGAAGGUCAACAUCCCCCCCUUCAGUGUCCAGCUCUCCAAGGAGUUUGCCUCGGUGUGCGUCCUCUCCACGCUGCAGUCCACCCUCACCCUGUGGUCGCUGCGCGGCCUCAGCCUGCCCAUGUACGUGGUGUUCAAGCGCUGCCUGCCGCUCUUCACGCUCAGCAUCGGCGUGUGCGUGCUCCGGAACGGCGUGCCGUCCAUCGGCGUGGUCGUCGCCGUGCUCAUCACCACCGGGGGAGCCGCGCUGGCCGGUGCCGGAGAUCUCACAGGCGAUCCCUUCGGCUACGUCACUGGUGUCCUGGCGGUGAUCAUCCACGCCUCCUACCUGGUUUUGAUCCAGAAAACCAGCCAUGACAGCGAGUACGGGCCGCUCACAGCACAGUACGCCAUCGCCAUCAUGGCCACACCGGUGCUGUUCGUGUGCUCCAUCAUCUCCUUGGACGCCGUCCACAUGUGGUCGUACGAGGGCUGGAAGGACCCCCACAUCACCGUCAUCUUCGUCCUCUGCAUCUUCAUCGGCUGCGCCAUGAACUUCACCACGCUGCACUGCACCUACAUCAACUCGGCUGUCACCACCAGCUUCGUGGGCGUGGUCAAGAGCAUCGCCACCAUCACGGUGGGCAUGCUGGCGUUCAGCGACGUGGCGCCGACGGGGCUGUUCAUCGGCGGGGUGGUGGUGAACACCGUGGGCUCCAUCACCUACUGCGUCGUCAAGUACUUCGAGACCAAGAAGAAGAGCGCGUACGAGGACCUGGAGGAGGCGGGGAAAGACGGCGGGCUGCCCGGGGAGCCGUACCGAGAGAAGCCGCCGCUGAACGGCAACGGGCCCGGGAACGACUCGGGACUUUCCGAGAACGAGGGACGGUCCGCCGAAGAGACGGGGGAGGACCUGGAGGCGUCUCAGUUGACUAACGGAGGGUUGUGGACCGGAGACGGCGGGCAGGGAGACGCGGAGGGAGGAGUCAAUCCCCGCGUCAUGACGGAGAAGGAGGUGAUGGAGAUGCAGAGGGAGCACCUCCACAAAGAGGGGGGCGCCCCUUCCGGCCAGUCGGCCAGUGACAGCUACCUGGGCGUGUGGAGGUCCAUCAGACACCUGCAGUUCAUGAAGAAGGACCCUUUAAUCGACAACAUGGAGCAGCAGAGUCCGUGAGGGACCUGGACAGACUCUGGAGACGAAGACACAGCAGUGAAGAAGAGUGGAAGGACAGACCGGGCGUCCACCGGGAACCUCUUUCAAUAGCAGUGCUUAACAAAUGCUUGUUGGUCACGUCGACUGCUGCUGCUGCUGCGAUACCUCAGUGAAAGCCUCCGCGCUCACGACUCCGUUUAAUCGCCCCGACUAAAAAGAACAGAAUCGUCAAAAAGCCGGAGACUGAAAGUCUUUUUUUCUUUUAUUUAACGCGUGGAAAGAGAUUCCCGGUGGAGGAGAGUGGAUGAGCGGUUUGCGGGAGAAGCUGCCCGUCGAUGAUAAAUUCUGCUUCUCGUCUAAACUCCGGCUCGACGGAGCGAAGGGAGGACCGGACGGGGCGGCCCGCCGAGGCAAAGCAUGAUUCUGGUUUACAA